AAAGUCAAGAAUGGAGAUCUCAAGAUUGAAGACAUUGAUCCAUUCAUUUGCUCCCAUAUUAUCAUCGGUUAUGCAACUGUUAAUCAAAACAAUAUAAUGGUUCCCAAAAAUAUAACAGAAGAUCUUGAAAAAUAUCGAGGAUUAGCUGAUCUAAAAACAAUAAAUCGUAAUCAAAAAAUUAUAAUAUCUAUUGAAGACGACAAAGAGUCACAGUAUUUGUCAAGAAUGGUGUCAAACGAAAAAAGUCGGGAUAUUUUUGUCGCUUCGGUACUCGAUAUGUGCGAUAUGUUUGGCUUUGAUGGGGUGGACAUACAUUUAGACACACAAUUCAUAACUGAACUAAAAGCUGAAUCAGUUCGCAGAUUUCGCGAUGAUUUUAUAAUAUCAACAACAAUAGGAACACAACUUGUCAUAGGAAUGGCAGCAAAUGAUAUACCAGUGCUCGCAGAAGUCGUUGAUUUUGUCAAUUUAAUGUCAUAUGAUUUCAAUGAGUACCGCAAUGACCGUCCAUAUACAGCACAUCAUUCACAACUAUAUCCCCGACCCAUAGAAAAAGGAUAUUAUUUGACUUUAAAUGCUGCAUGGGCUACAACCUAUUGGGCAAAUAAAGGGAUGCCAUUAAAUAAAAUUAUUUUGGGUUUACCAACAUAUGGUCGCUCUUAUAACCUGGCUGUGCCCGUAUCUUACGGCAUGGAUGCUCCAGUUUAUGGUCCCGGAAUGGGAAGCGGACAACUAAAUUACACUGCAGUUUGUCAUUUCUUAGCUACCGGUGCUACUCAUGAGUUUGAUGUUUAUAGUCAGGUGCCAUUCGCUUAUAAAAACUUUGAUUGGGUUGCCUAUGAAAGCGAUGUGUCGGCGGCACUAAAAGCUCAAUGGGUUGUAAAAGCAGGAAUGGGAGGCAUAAUGACGUUUGCACUCAAUUUUGACGACACUCAAGGUUUGAUUUAUUUUUAUAACUACUUAUAUAGUAAAUUAUAAAAAUUUAAUUAAUUUGUUGCAAACAUUUAUAUUAAUACAGGUUUUUGUCAAAAAGAUGGCAAAAAGUUUCCCAUUCAGAGAGCAGUUUCUCAUUUAUUACAAAUGUCUUCAUUGAUAUCAUACCAACAAACAAGUCAUUCACCAGACAUUACAAACACUUUGACAAAACAAUGA